AAUUUUAUUUGUUAUUUUUAUUUUUCCCCAACUAAUGACAGCGUGGUUUAAUCAUAAUCAAAACGACGGGGCAAACAAAUAUUUUCGCGUGGCACAGUAAAAAUGACAACCUGCUUGGUCGUCCCAAGCUUGCCAUUUGCUUCGAGUGGUACUGUGGUUCGUUCUAGUAAUUCCAGUUUUCGGAGUCACCGAUCAACUUCACAAUUCCUUGUUCCUCUCGUUACAAACCCAACCUGUUCUCGACCUCCUCGGUUUUCCCGUUACAUCUCAGCUACAUCAGCAGCAUCAUCGGCCAUGGAAGCCGAGCAAAGUGGGCCUACUGAUAUCACGACCAGCGGCUCAACCCCACUGAUGAAGCUCUUGUUCGUCGAGAUGGGUGUGGGUUACGACCAACAUGGCCAGGAUAUUACGGCUGCAGCAAUGCGGGCGUGUAGAGAUGCUAUCUCUUCCAAUUCAAUCCCUGCCUUUCGAAGAGGAUCUAUACCUGGCGUCACAUUUGAUCAGAUGAAGCUACAAAUCAAGCUGGGGGUGCCUCAUCCGCUCCAACAGUCCCUGGAUGUUGAAAAGGUCAAGGCAGUCUUUCCAUAUGGAGAAAUUGUGAAAGUCGAAGUUGUGGAUGGUGGACUAAUUUGUUCAAGUGGCGUACAUGUGGAGGAAAUGGGGGAUAAAAAUGAUGACUGUUACAUAGUGAAUGCAGCAGUAUAUGUUGGCUACUAGCUAUUAUAUCUGCUAAUUCCUUGCUCGAGAUGUUUGAGGAUUUGUUUUAUGGACCCUGGCUGGUGAUGCUUCACCAUUUGACAAUGUGAACUACAGUUGUACCUAUCAAUAUAUUUUGAUGUUUUGUAUUAGAAGCUUUCUACCUCUCCUGAUUUCCAUCUCGUGAUAUUUUAGACAAUGCUGGUGUCUUUGCAAACCAAUCAAAGGUUUUACAACGGCCAGUGCUUGCCUUGGAUUUAACGGAAUCUUCAUGGCAUGAAAACUGAAUGCUCCUAUCAAUUUUUUAAUCAUAUAUCUUAAUUAGUUCUACUCUUCU